AUGCUUCCUAUUUUAGAAAUUCUUGAAAACUGCCGGAGACGGGAUGUGAUAUCGAACCUUUUGAAGAUUGUUAAUGCGAUUAUAUUCGACGAUUAUGAGGUCCAAGAGAACCUCUGUUUCGUCGGCGGGAUCCCUAUAAUCAACAAGUUCGCAUCCAAGAAGUACCCACGGGAAAUCCGUCUUGAGGCCGCUGCGUUCGUGCAGCAGAUGUAUCAGACGUCGACGUUGACUUUGCAGAUGUUCGUUAGUGCGGGGGGGUUGAAUGUUCUGGUCGAGUUUCUUGAGGAUGACUAUGAAGAUGAGCGGGACCUCGUUUUAAUCGGGGUUAAUGGGAUAUGGAGCGUCUUUGAAUUACAGGGAUCGACGCCCAAAAACGACUUCUGCCGUAUCCUGUCGAGAAAUUCAGUCUUGGAUCCACUGUCCCUCGUUUUAAGCAGGGUUCUGGAUGAAGAAGGGGAACUGGCUAGGCUUUGUGAAGGACGUAUUGCGAAUAUAUUUUUCAUAUUCUCCCAGGCUGAAAGCCACGUCAAGGAGAUGGUUGCUGAAAGGACUGUUUUGCAUAGAGUUCUUAAGGAGCUGAAAAGGAUGACUCCUGUUCACCAAAUAACGAUGCUGAAAUUUAUCAAAAACCUAUCCAUGUUGUCCACAACCAUCGACUGCCUUCAAAACUCUAAUGCAAUCGACGUCCUUACGGAGCUCCUGAGAUCGAGCAUGAAAGGAACACAUUUCCGAGAAGUAUCAAAUCAAAUUCUUAACACCAUCUAUAACAUGUGCAGGUUAAGCAAACCGCGCCAGGAGGACGCGGCUUUAAAUGGCAUCAUACCUCUCCUGCAAAAAAUUGUCAAGACAGAGCGGCCAUUGAAGGAAUUCGCACUACCUAUUCUUUGCGAUAUGGCACAUUCUGGGAAAGUCGGUCGUCGAGAGCUGUGGCGCAAUAAGGGUCUAUCGUUCUACGUAUCUUUACUUUCUGAUCCGUAUUGGCAGGUCACAGCCCUCGACGCCAUAUUUACAUGGCUUCAAGAAGAGACUGCCAAAGUUGAAGAACAUCUUCUCGACGAUCGAAAUGGCCCUCCUCCCUUCAUCGAGGCUAUUGUUCGUUGCCUUACCAUAUCCAAAGCAAAUGCAUUCGAAAAUCUUCUGGAACCCCUCCAAAAGUUAUUGCGACUAAGCCCACCGAUCGCAUCGACCUUAGCCCGGCCAGAUAUGUGCAGCCGCAUCGGGCAAAAACUCCAUCACACCAAACCCGCUGUGCGGGUGAACCUUCUACGUAUCCUCUCUACAAUAUGUGACGCAACAGAGGAACAUGGCAGCCUUCUAAGCCGCUACGGUCUCCUCGACGCAAUCCGAGAACUACAAAACGAUUCACGUGUCCUCGUCCGCGAACUAGCAGUUCAGCUUAUAAAGUCGAGCGAAGAGAGCGAUGCCGCAAUGCUUGGUACCGCUGGAAUCAAGCGUCGAACAACCAUGCGGCGCAGAAGCACCUCCACGACACCUGCCACCUUAAUUUCUAGCCAUUCAAUGCCCACCACGCCGCAGGUCAGCCGGUCCAGCGCGUCGAAGCUACUCUAUGAGGGCAGGGAUACGCCGCGACGUCGCGAGAAUGGGAUCAGCAGCAGCCUAGGCCUGAGGGCCGGUAGUCGAGAUGGGAGGUCCCAAAAUGGCGGUGUUUCUGCAGCUGUUGGGGUGACCAUCGGUGGCAGUGGUGCAGGGGGUGCCGGCGGGACCGGAAAUGUGGGUGUGAAAGUGCGUCUUCCGCGUUCCAUGUCUCAGCUUCCACCAUCGUCGUCACCAUCCUCGUCCCAGCAGUCGUCGGUAUCAUCAUUAGCAACGUCGCCGCAGUUGAGUGAUCAUAUGCGAACGUCGACAUCACCGAUAAUGCCGCCGUCUUCCACUGGGAAUGCGCGAAGGCGGAGGACGAAUACGGGUGGCUCAGGAUGGACGUGA